AUGACAAGAGGAAACCAGACUCACAUCACUGAAUUCCUCCUUCUGGGACAGACCAGUGACCCCCGAAAGCAGGCAUGGCUAUUUGCCAGCUUCCUGGCCAUGUACCUAGUCAACAUGGCUGGCAACUCAGUCAUCAUUGCAGCCAUCCAGGGGGAUGCUCACCUCCACACCCCCAUGUACUUCUUCUUCUCCAACCUGUCUUUCGUGGACAUCUGCUUUACAAAUGUCAUUGUGCCAAGUUUGCUGGCAAACAUAUUGAGCAGGGGAAAGAAGGUCCCCUUUGCCCAGUGCCUCACACAGAUGUACUUUGUGACCUGUGCGAUCACUGACAGCUUCCUCCUGGCUGUCAUGGCCAUUGACCGCUAUGUGGCCAUCUGCAACCCACUGCAUUACACCACAACCAUGGACCCCAGGCGCUGUCUCCUGCUUGUGAUCACAUCCUGGCUGGUGUUCCACCUCCACUCGCUCACCCACACCAUCCUCAUGGCCCGCCUCUCCUUCUGUGGGCCCAACAUCAUCCACCACUUCUUCUGUGAUGUCCAGCCACUGCUGAUGCUCUCCUGCUCGGACACCUCUGUCAAUGAGCUCUUGGCCUUCACAGAGGGCUCCUUUGUGAUCAUGAGCCCCUUCCUCCUCAUCAUUGUCUCUUAUGUGUGUAUCACCCAUGCCGUUCUGUGGGUUCCUUCCGGGAGAGGCAGGUUCAAGUUCUUCUCUGCCUGAUCUCACAUCACAGUUGUGACAUUGUACUAUGGAACAGCCACCUCAGUGUACAUCUGCCCCUUGUUCACCUACUCAGUGACACAGGAUGGUGAGGUCACUGUCAUUUAUACUGUGGUAAUCUAUAGCCUUAGGAACAAGGACCUGAAACAAGCUUUAAGGAAGCUGGCCGGGAGAAAAGAACAAACAAUAAAGACUUUAUGGCAAAGAUCAACUUCACACAGAUGUCCUUCUCACCCAAUGCUGUUUUCCCCUCAGGCCAACAAGGAGAAGGGGGAUUGGAUUGAGUCCUGGGUGCCCCAACCCACAGUGUCUGUUUCAUCCCACUUUGAUGGACCCUUCUCCCACCACCGAGCUUGUGAUCUCUCAGGGGAGUUGAGACAGUAG